AUGGACUACCCAGCCCUAAUCCCUGCCUACACAGAAAUACUGGAGCUGCUGCUGAACAGAAACUUAAGGCCUGGGGCUUUUCAGAGGCCCCAUUUGGGCUCCGACAGUCUGAUAGUACAUUGCUUAAGACCUCUGAUGGUGGGGCUGGUUCAUUUAUUCACACCAAAAUAUUUGUUGAAUGCCUGCAGUACCCCAGACUCAGUGCCAGUUUCUGGAGAUAUACUAGUGGCCAAGAGAAAUAAGGAUCCUACCUAUUCAAAGCUGACUUUCACCAAGAAAGUUAAACAGAUUUUCCUUCUUGGAAUUAUCCUGCUUCCAAUUCGUGUCCUGUUAAUUGCAUUAAUUAUAUUAUUGGCGUGGCCAUUUGCUGUAAUUUCAACAGUAUGCUGUCCUGAAAAGUUGACUCAUCCAAUAACUGGUUGGAGGAGGAAAAUUACACAACCAGCUUUGAAGUUUCUGGGUCAUGCCAUGUUCUUUUCAAUGGGAUUUAUAAUUACUGUGAAAGGAAAGAUUGCAAGUCCUUUGGAAGCACCGAUUUUUGUUGUUGCCCCUCACUCAACCUUUUUUGAUGGAAUUGCCUGUAUUGUAGCUGGGUUACCUUCUAUAGUAUCUCGAAAUGAAAAUGCACAGGCCCCUCUGAUUGGCAGACUGUUACGGGCUGUGCAACCAGUAUUGGUGUCCCGUGUGGAUCCAGAUUCCCGAAAAAACACAAUAAAUGAAAUAAUAAAGCGGGCAACAUCUGGAGGAGUAUGGCCCCAGGUAUUAAUUUUCCCAGAAGGUACUUGUACAAAUCGUUCCUGUUUGAUUACUUUUAAGCCAGGAGCCUUCAUUCCAGGAGUUCCAGUGCAGCCAGUCCUCCUCAGAUACCUAAACAAGCUGGAUACCGUGACUUGGACAUGGCAAGGAUAUACAUUCAUUCAGCUUUGUGUGCUUACUUUCUGCCAGCCCUUCACAAAGGUAGAAGUUGAGUUUAUGCCUGUUCAAGUACCAAAUGAUGAAGAAAAAACUGAUCCUGUCCUUUUUGCCAGUAGAGUCCGGAACUUAAUGGCAGAAGCUCUGGGGAUACCAGUAACAGAUCAUACCUAUGAAGAUUGCAGAUUGAUGAUUACAGCAGGACAGCUAACAUUGCCUAUGGAAGCUGGGUUGGUGGAAUUUACUAAAAUUAGCCGGAAAUUGAAAUUAGAUUGGGAUGGCAUUCGCAAGCAUUUGAAUGAAUAUGCAUCUAUUGCAAGUGCCUCAAAAGGUGGAAGAAUUGGAAUUGAAGAAUUUGCAGAAUAUUUAAAGCUGCCUGUUUCAGAUGUCUUGAGACAACUUUUUGCACUUUUUGACAGGAACCAUGAUGGCAGUAUUGACUUCCGAGAGUAUGUGAUUGGCCUGGCUGUCUUGUGCAACCCUGCCAACACAGAGGACAUUAUCCAGGUGGCAUUUAAGCUCUUUGAUGUUGAUGAGGAUGGCUACAUAACAGAGGAAGAGUUUUCCACCAUUCUACAGGCUUCCCUUGGAGUGCCUGAUCUUGAUGUUUCUAGCCUUUUUAAGGAAAUAGCCCAAGGGGACUCUAUUUCUUACGAGGAAUUUAAAAGUUUUGCCCUAAAGCAUCCAGAAUAUGCUAAGAUAUUUACAACAUACUUAGACCUCCAGACAUGCCAUGUGUUUUCAUUACCAAAAGAAGUCCAGACAGUUCCCUCCAUUGCAAGUAAUAAAGUCAGCCCUGAAAAUCAUGAAGAGAGUACCUCAGACAAAAAAGAUGACUGAAAGCAGUAUUCCCAGUGAGGAAAACACAGCGGCUUUCACUUGUAAUUGUAAAGGGAUUUAUUAAUAGCAUUUUAGAUAUGUUUGUUGAUUAAUGAUGUUUAUAAAUAGAAAUCUUUUUUAUAAAAAUGAAUUUUCUUACUCAAAAUGCUUUUUUUAUUAACUUGAAUGUAAGUAAUAUUCUCUUUCCUUUGAUGCAUAUUGUGCUUUGUUGAUUGGUUUACCAAUUAUAAAUAUAUUUCUAUGGAUUUUCCAUUAUUUCCCUAUCCAAAUGAAUUCAAUGUUCUUAUUAUUUGCCGAUGAGCAUUAAUCAACAUUGUAAAGAUCUGAAAAAGUAUAAGCACUUUUUAAUCUACUUUCUUUUAGAAAACAGUAAUAUUCUGUUAUCUCCAGUCCCUUUCUAUUUUAGAAAUAAGAAUGAAGAAUCUGAAAAUCAUUGCAUAAUCUUACAACUUUAACCUCACAGAUUCAUUUAUCCAUUUAAUAUUGAGUUUCUUGGAAUAUGGAAAGGAAGCCCUGAAUAUGAAUAGGGAAAGGAAACCCCCUGUUAAUUAGAUAAGACUUCUUCAGACCCCAUACUCUUUUUACCAUGUAUCUCUAUUAGAGAUUUCCUUAACUAUCUGCUAAGGGAAUUAUAUAUUUCUCUAUAUAGUCUACGGGUUUAGAACUUUGUUUUAAAGACAACUGCUAUGGCCAAAGGCUAAACGAGAAUUGCCUUAUUGAAGGUAACAUUGAUUACCUAAUGAGAAAAUGAAUUGUUUGUCACAGAGUGGAAUUUAAUUUGAGUUAGAUGAUUCAGAAUGUAGCACUUACCCAAUAAAUGAAUUAUGUUUGACCUAUUUAUAUAAUAUUGGAAUUAAUAUAUUUUAUCAUCUAAAUGGGAGUUUUAUUUUGUUAAAAGUCUUCUCAAUUUUUUAAUUUGUCUGAAAUAUCUACAUGGAGAAACACAAAAGUCUCCAAAGUAUCACCAAAAACUAGAAAAUCCAAAUUCCAAAAGCCUGUUUUAUUAAUGCAAGACCACAAUUUAAGUCCCAGGCAGAAAACCAACAAGAAUAUUUUUACUUUUGGUUAAGUAAUAAUUUCCCUGAAGUGCCAUUUUACUAGGUCUCAUGUAUGGAUAUUGUUACUAUCAGCUGUAUUUGAGAUUUUGAACAAAAAAAACACACCCAACUUAUUAAUAUAAUAUACAAAAAUAGUUGGUUCAUAUUAUGAACUUAGUCUCUGAAACAAAACUCUUUGUUUUUGCCAUGUUUCUGAAUGUAAUGGUGAUUCACACCCAAAGCUAGUUUUUUAAAGUCUUUUCUGAAGUCAAGAAUUUUCAUGAGAGAUGUUCAACUUUAUAUUUAAUCAAGAAUCAUGAUUUCAAACUAGUUUUACAUAUUAAGCAAUUAGUAUUCUAACUUAAUGGGUAAAUAUAUAUUUAGAUAAUUGAAUACCAGAAAAUUUCAUCCUUAGAAAUUUGCAAUGGUUUGCUUUUUAUAUGCUUUAAAGCUAUUUAGACAAGGUGUUAAAUAAGCUGAAACAACUGUUUAAGUAAUUAGAAUAAUACUUUUUAAAAAUGAUGUCUGUGAUAUGCAAUGAAUGUAUGCAUCACUCAGGUACCAUGAUUGUUUUAAUCACAUACAUACAAAAAAAGCACAUAUUAGUCCUGUUAAUUGUGAAAGGUUAGCAUUGUAAAGUCUUUCUUUGAGACUCUUGAAAAUGAUCCCAUUGCUUCUCUGCUUUAAAAUGAUAUUUUGUGCUCUUUAAUUGUGCUCUUUUGGAAUGUGAUAUUCUAUUUUAUGAUUAUGUUACUGAAUAAACAAACUUGCUACAUAAAAUUCUUGCCAACUAAAAAUUCCAGUUUUGCCAUUUUGUCUAAAAUGUAAUAUACCUUUUUAAUAUUGUGGUUUGAGUAUAGUUUGCAUAUAUAUGAAUAUUAUUAAUCAUUUUUGUUUGCAUUUAAGCUCUGUGAAAUGUUAGACAUGAUUUUACUCUAAUGAAAAAUGCAUAUUUACCUGAAGUACCAGAAGUUAUUAUUCUUAAAGAAGUUGACUUUUGGCUGGUUGAGUUAUACAUGAUAAUACAAAUUAUGAUCAUCGAUGUUACCACAGACAAACCAGAUGUCCACUUAUAUGGCCUCCUAACAAAGAUUUUUUUUUAGAAAGACAUUUCUCUUCUUAAAGUUUAAAGUAAGAAAUUAAAUCGUUUUAAAUGUACUGUGCAUUUUAUAUAACAAUUUAGAGAAAAAAGUUACUGUUUAGCAUGAGGCAUAUGAGAUCUUAAAGCCUGUAAACUGUCAACAUUUCACUCAAAACAGUUCUAUUGAAGGAUAAUGACAUUCUAAAUGCUUGUAGACCAAAUUGCUGGUAUUAUACGUUUAAUCCUUCUCUGUUACUGCUUUUAGAGCUUAGGAAGACUGAGGGUAAUAGUGAUGAUACCAAUAAUGGAUAAAGGGAUCUCUGCCUUUUUAGAAGAUACAUGGUUUGCUCUCCACAUGGGACACAGCGGUAAACUAUCCCAUUUACAGACUUGGGAGAGAGUUCGGGAACUCUCUCCCCUUUAGACUCCUAGAAAUGUAAGGUAGUUAAUUGAAGGCAAUUAACUGAUACCUAAAUAGAGGGGCAGUGACUAUAUGGGAACGGAUAAACUCUCUACUACAAAAGUUUUUGGAUAUUUGUAUUUUAUAUAACAGUCUCUAAAGAAGAGAAAAAGAUGCUAAUCAUAAAUCAUUUCCUAAGAAAGCAGACAUGUUUACAAUGUUUUUCUCCUUCUUUGUUCACUUGAAUGAACUUUCCAAUUUUUUCGUGGUUAUCGUUGUCAACUUUUGUAUCAGUUUUGAAUAAGUGCUUUGUUAUGGCUUAGUAGAGGAAAAGGUCCUCACAAAGUUUUUGAUAUAUUUCCAAUAUAUGUAUCACAAACUUGGUUAAUAGAGUAAUAACCUAAAAUGCUUUUGCCUUUCUUUAGGCCAUUUAAUGUAAUUCUGGUUUCUAGGAAAUUUUUCUCCCCAACAAACUUCUCAAGUACUUUGUAAGAACCAGCAUAUUCUAACAGAUUGUCUCCAAUUUGUAUUUGUAUUUUGAUACACAGCUUGCUAUUUUUAAAACAGGUUAACUUUAUCAUUUUCUUAUCAUAGUUAUGCACAUUGGAAAAUAUUUUAAAAUAAAAAUAAGAAUAAACAUGAAGAAAUCAUGUUUACUUCCACCUCCCAAAUCAAUUAUUGUUAAUUUUUGGACAUAUUUUACUUUACCCUUUUGUCUAAGUAUUCUUUUUUCUUUUUAAAGAAUUAUU